UCUUGCACAUGCGCAGAACGGAUUGUGCAGGUGGAACGGAUCGGGUACUGACCUCAUAUGUCAAUGGUACUGACAGCCGGCCUGUUUCUGAACCUAUGUUAUUAUAGACUGUAAAAACAGUCAAUGUUCUGAACGGUGCACAGACACAGACACGUCGACGAUGGACAGCAAGGAGAAGAGAAGGGGUAUCCUGGAGCGACUAAAUGCUGGGGAGGUGGUUGUAGGAGAUGGAGGUUAUGUGAUGCAGCUAGAGCGACGUGGCUAUGUGAAGGCUGGACACUGGACACCUGAGGCCGCUGUUGAACAUCCUGAAGCAGUUCGGCAGCUGCACAGGGAGUUCCUGAGAGCAGGAGCCAAUGUGAUUCAGACAUUCACCUUCUACUGCAGUGAGGAUAAACUGGAGAUCAGUGGCAAUGUCACCAACAUCACCGGGGCCCAGAUCAAUGAGGCAGCCUGUGACCUGGCCAGGGAGGUAGCCAAUGAGGGUGAUGCAUUGGUCGCUGGGUGUGUGUCUAAGACUCCCUGUUAUGUGAAGAGUCACAGUGAGAAUGAGGUCAAGGCCAUCUUUAAGAAACAGAUGGAUGACUUCCUCAAGAAGGACAUUGAUUUCUUUAUAGUGGAGUUUGUUGAUCAUGUGGAAGAGGCAGUGUGGGCAGUGGAGGUGCUUAAGACCAGCGGUAAACCAGUGGGUGCAACACUGUGCAUCUCCCCUCACGGAGACAUGCACGGAGUCCCACCUGGACAGUGUGCAGUCAGUCUGGUCAAAGCUGGAGCUGACAUUGUUGGAGUAAAUUGCCACUUGGACCCUCUGACAUGCGUUCAAACAGUGAAGUUGAUGAAAGCGGGAUUAGAGAAAGCUGGUCUCAAAGCCCAUCUCAUGAUCCAGCCGCUGGGCUUUCACACACCUGAGUGCAACAUAGGCGGAUACACCAGCCUACCCGAAUACCCCUUCGCAUUGGAGACCAGAGCAAUAACCCGCUGGGACAUCCAUAAGUAUGCCAGAGAGGCGUACAAUGCUGGAAUUCGCUACAUUGGUGGCUGCUGUGGAUUUGAGCCCUACCAUAUCAGAGCUAUAGCAGAAGAAGUGGCUGCAGAGAGAGGAUUCCUCCCACCAGCUUCAGAGAAGCACGGACUCUGGGGAGCUGCUCUGGAGAUGCACACUAAACCCUGGGUCAGAGCCAGGGCUCGUCGGGAGUACUGGGAAAACCUUUUGCCUGCUUCUGGACGUCCCAAAUGCCCUUCCAUGGCCACACCAGCCGAUGAUUAUGAAAAACAGCUUGAAACAAAAAUACAAAUGUGAUCUCUUGUAUACACUAUACAGUUUGCUGUAUACUUUAUGAGUGUGAUCAGAUGGUCCCCUUUUUUUCAUAUACUGUAAUGAAUGGCAAUUGAGGAUCUGAUGAACCAGAGCUUUGUUUACAGAUUUGUGAAAUGCUUUGUACUGUUUUAAAACUCAACAGCUCAACCCUCUCAUUAUUUUCACUUUAUUAUUAGGCCGUUGGCUUGGCCAUACUACACAUACUGUAACUUGGGUUCAGCCAUCAGUGAAUCAGCUGCUUCCUCUAUUUUCUGUAACUAUAUGCUCUAUCCCCAAACCUAAUAAUACAUAGAUUGAACUAGUUAAUGGUCUUUUUUUUUUUUGUAAAACGUCUUCAUAAGUUAAUCAAAUUUGUUGAUUGAUUGUUGUAAUUUGCUGGAAAAUAUUUUCACAUAAAUAAAUAAAAAUGAUCUUGUUUUUCCAACAAUCCUGUUUUGUAAAAAGAAACACACUGCUAAAUGUGUUACUGUAUACAAAUAGGUUUAGUAAGUGAAGUGGCCCAACUUCAAUCACCUGUCUCUACUGAACAUUUCUGUAUAGUGAAAUAUGACUAUACUGUAUUCCUUGUAUGUCUGAUCAUAUUACUUUUUAUUUCUCUAAACUGUGUACUAUUACUGACAUGAAUAACAAAUUUCACAUAAAAACAAAGCUGGUAUCUUUA